UUAGGUUUAUUGGGGUUGGGACAAACGUCAAAUCAAGAACUCUUUAGCGUUUGCUUGAAACACUUGAAGAAAAGCUUCAAGUAACACUUUAACACAAAAGAAAAAAAAUUCUGAAAACAAUUGAAGUAAUGGUUGAGUUGAAGGCAAAAUGUUUGAAGAAAGCAGUUGUUCCUUGUACUCUUAUAGAGCACCCUUCCCCUGGCAAUCUUCAGUCUACUCGUCUUGCCAUUCAUCAGAUGAAUGAUGAUGACGAUUCUUCUUGUUGGGUCUAUAUUGCUUCUGGUUGCCACAUUUACAGAGUUCUUAUUCCAAUGGAAAAUUCAUUGCUCAACCUAGGAAAGGAGGACCUCCUAAUUCCUGAACAAUGUGAGGUUCUAGAGGCUUCAGUGGUCAAUCGCUGUCCGCAUCGAUCAGAAAUCCAAAGUAUAGUGCUAGCUGAAACUGAAAGCUCUGGUUGCUUAAUACUGGGAAGCGUGGAUUCUUAUGGUCACCUUAUUGUCUCUAGAUUGGAUGCCAGUAGUAAAGAUGUCAACUGGCUUACAUAUUCUGUCUCUCCUCGAGAUUGCGGUGUUGGAGAAGGUAGCUGGGCAGGCCUUUGCUUCAAUCCCACUCAAUUGUCAAUGGCAGCUGUGGCUCACGGUUUCUCCAAAACCAUUGAUGUCUAUGACCAAGAUAUUCAUAUCCGCACUUUACGUCCAUUGUGGCAUCCAUCUUCAGUUAUCUUCAUGCAAAAUUUGGAUUUAGGCAGUGGAAAUUCUGUACUAGCAGUUGCAGAAGGUUGCCAGCUGUCAAUAUGGGACUUGAGAAUGAAAGAAAAAGGGGGUUGUGUGCGUCGAAUCUGUGGAUCUGUAGGAGAUAUGUUGUAUGCAGUCUGUAAUUCUUCAAAAGGUACUAUUGCUACAGGUGGAGCUGAUCGCACUGUGACUGUCUAUGAUCCUCGCAGGUGGUCAGCAGUGUCAAGAUGGCUAAACUGCUCUAAGUAUGAGAUAACUGGACUUGCUUUCUCUUCCGUUGAUCCUGAAUAUGUUUAUGUACAAGGAGUUGACUACGAGGUCCUAUGUGGACGAUGGCGAGAAAGCAAGAAAAUUUUUUCAUAUCGAGGAGAUUCUAACUGGCUUGGAUUUAGCAAGUGUUCAGACAGGGAUGUCUUGGGGGGUUGGUCCGACUCAGGUAGCAUAUUUGUGGCUGAUAUCGGUGAAGUAAAUGGAGUGAACGGAUUACACCUGCCAAACGACUUAGAUUCUCUGCUGCAACAACCUCCGAAUGAAUUUCCUUUCUCUGCAUCCCGCACUUAACUCCAUUUUGUGCCCUCCUCUUGUGUUCACCGAUUGAUAUAUUGAUAAAGGUUCGAUCAGCUGCAAUUGAGAUCUCAGUUGCACUAGUCAUGCGUCACUCGAGCUAUUCGUUUUACAGCGUCAACCAUCUUGUUAAGAGUGUCGUUUACUACGUAUAUUGAUGGUAAGAUGUAAGUUUUAAGAAGCCCGCUUUUCAAAGAAAUGUUUUUUUUUUUUCCAGGAGGGCCUUCAUAGAAAGUGGCAAUCAGUUGAAAUCAAAAGGAUAGGGGUACAAGAGCAACCAAGGAAAACAAAAAUGAGAAAAAGAAGCCAGCAAUAGAGCAACGACCGUGGAGACUGACUUUAUAAAGCCACUUCAUAUCAAAUUAACAGAUCUAGUAUUAUUAUCUGAAUACCAGUCCAAAAAAUUCAUGUAUGCAAUAUCCAAUCAAUUAAUCAUCUAUGCCUUAAUGCUAUAUUAGUUGAUAAAAAAAAAAAAAUCCAAUCUAUUAAAUGUUGAAGUCGUGUUUUUU